CUGAGCCCAUAUACACCUAUCCCGUUUCCUAAUCAUGAUUCAAUGGGGAAGUCAAUUAAAUAAGAACAUAUUCUGACUUCUUCUGUUAUGACUUGUAUCAUGUCUGUAACUUUGUUCACACAGCUUCAUAGGCAUAAUUGUAUACUGAAACUCUUAGGUUUUUUUUCUCUCUUUUUUUUCUCUCGUUUUGUUUGUUUUGGGGGUGGGGUGUGGUGGGGGUAAAUGUAUUCAAUCUGUACUAGACAUCUACUCUACUGAGUACAUUGUACAACACUACCUAGACACAUGCCAUAAUGACUACAACACUUAGAGCCAGAGUCGUCUCCCUCUAUAAGUAAAAUACCCUCCUUAAUAUCAAUUCUACUCAUCACUAGAACAAUGGGGCUUUUCAAUAAAUAUAUUCAUCUACAUAUACACUGUAUUCCAAGACCACCACUUCUCAGAGUUUACCUGCCCAAGUGAAUUUAUAUUCAAGAUCAGAGAUUCCACCCACCAAUACAAUAUUGCACCAUGAAAAACAGGACUGUGACAGACUCAGUGUGUUGUUACUGGGGACAGACUCAGUGUGUUGUUACUGGGGACAGACUCAGUGUGUUGUUACUGGGGACAGACUCAGUAUGUUGUUACUGGGGACAGACUCAGUGUGUUGUUACUGGGGACAGACUCAGUGUGUUGUUACUGGGGACAGACUCAGUGUGUUGUUACUGGGGACAGACUCAGUAUGUUGUUACUGGGGACAGAUUCAGUAUGUUGUUACUGGGGACAGAUUCAGUAUGCUGUUACUGGGGACAUACUCAGUAUGUUGUUACUGGGGACAGACUCAGUGUGUUGUUACUGGGGACAGACUCAGUAUGUUGUUACUGGGGACAGAUUCAGUAUGUUGUUACUGGGGACAGACUCAGUGUGUUGUUACUGGGGACAGACUCAAUGUGUUGUUACUGGAGACAGACUCAAUGUGUUGUUACUGGGGACAGACUCAGUGUGUUGUUACUGGGGACAGACUCAGUGUGUUGUUACUGGCGACAGAUUCAGUAUGUUGUUACUGGGGACAGACUCAAUGUGUUGUUACUGGGGACAGACUCAGUGUGUUGUUACUGGGGACAGACUCAGUGUGUUGUUACUGGGGACAUACUCAGUGUGUUGUUACUGGCGACAGACUCAGUAUGUUGUUACUGGGGAAAGACUCAGUGUGUUGUUACUGGUGACAGACUCAGUGUGUUGUUACUGGAGAGAGACUCAGUAUGUUGGUGUAUAUUUCUGUGUGUUAAAUCUGACACAUGUGUUCUUGUUGUUGUUGGUGGUGGUAUGUGUGUGUGUGUGUGUGGGGGGGGGGGGGGGGGGGGGGGGGGGGGGGGGGAGGGUACUCGGUGUCUUGCUCUGAAUUCACCCAUGAUCAGGAUCGUUAGGAUGUAUAUACUUUAGUGUCUUUGUACAUAUAUCUAUAAAAUGUGGAUGAUUUUUGUUAUUAGUGUUGGUGGCAGUGCUCCAAGUCACAUCUGCUAUCAGGUCGCAAAAUGGCGACCUAUAAAUAUUUCUGGUACCCAUUUUCAAAUUUCUAGUCGCUAUGUUCAAAAUUUCUACUUGCCAUGGUAAAAGAUUUUGUAAAUAAGACCUAAAAGUUUUUUUUUUAAUUUGAAUAUCUUUCAAGAAACAAAUCUACGCCCAUGUAUGCAUUUUGUUUGUUUUAUUUUGAAACUGAAUAGAAAUGUGAUGUGAAACAUGCUGGAUACUAACAAGUCAAGUAUUUACUCUGGCAAAAGUCGUAUUGCAUUGGGCCAUCCUGUAUAUUUUACAGUACGUUUCUGGGGAAGAAAACCCAGCGUUCCACACAAGGAUUUGCUUUAAAGUCCUCAAUAAGUGGGCCUACACUGCUUAUGCGAAUAAGAGCUUCUACUUGUUGUUGGAUAUUUUACUGAACAAUCAGUACCAGCAUCAAUAAGAACACUACAUCCUGAGUUCGUAAUUGUCUGUGAAAAUUAGCAGCAACAGUUGCCCCGCUCGACUUACUGCUAAUAAUGCAGUCACGGACAAAGAUGUGCCUCUUACUGUUACCAUGAAUAGUUACACUUCCACAUUUGAAAGAUGUACACCAGGUCGUGGUGAAAUCGGACAAUGGGUGUCCAGAAAUGGUGGACGUUGCUGGCUGAUUGGCCUCACAAAUUCUGCAAAACAUUUUGCAAUCUCUGUAUAUCAACCACGAAAAUUCCUUCAGCCAUUAGGACUGGGGGUUCUUCCUAUACUUAAGCAUUUUUCUGUAGACACAGCUACGUCAUCUUUUAAUGCAGAACUUUCUCCGUGUGAUUCUUGAAUUUUUUUGUUACAUGUACUAGGCCGAGGCUUCUACUUUGAAUUAAGUCCAAAGUGCUUUAACCCUCGUUUUACCGCCAUCUUGAUUGCUUUCAAACACUGUUUUGACCCAAGACUGAAAAUAAUUUAUUCAGACUUCCGAUCCCGGUUACAAAAUUUUACUGGCUGCCUAUUUUUUUCCACUCGUAAAAAUGUGACUUAAAUAUAAUCUCUAGUCGCAAAAUCAAUUUUCUGGUUGCAAAUGCGACCGUUUUACUCACAACUUGGAGCACUGGGUGGUGGUGGUGGGGUGUGUGUGUGUGGAAGGGGGUGUACUCAGCAUUUGGCUUUACUAUUGAUCAAGAUCGUUCACACAGGACCAUAGAAUCCAGACCAAUUGUACUGUAAACGUACUCCUAUAACAACUUCACACUCACAUUAAUUACAGUCUGGACCUUAAUACUGAAAAGCGAGGCCCAAUACUUCGACCAUUUUUUUCUCCUAGUGCUAUAAGAAAAAGAUCAAUAAACAAGAUCAUGCGUUUACUUGAUGAUGUCUGCAGACAGUGCCACGGCCCAGGCCACUAUACUUCCCACCAUCCACUUCCAGGGCGUGAAGGAGGGGAGAACCUGCCUGUCCGCCAGCCAGUAGAUGUGCUCCAUGGGAUAGAAGAUCUGGUAGGAGAUGUUGGUUAUCAGGGUCAUCAGGCGAACUAUGGGGUUCUUAUCCUGAGGGGUACCGAAAAUACAUUAAAAUUAGUUUACUGGUCUAAUAUUGUCUGUUAGUAGAAGUAUGCUUAUAAAUAGUUAGAAAUAACAUGCAUUGAAGGUAUUCCUACAUAGACUAUCAAUGUCCUUUAAGAAAGUUUUUCAGACAAGAAUUUGUAACGGAAAAAAAAAUAACAACAACAAAAAGUUGCUACAUACACAUGAAUUCCAUAAACAGUCAUCUUUAAAAAAAAAAAAAAAAGGAGAGGAAAACUUGCAAUGUGUCCGACUGACAACCUUGAUGAGUUGUAAGGGUGGAUAGAAAUUAGAGGUAAAAACCCAACUGAUACACCCCCCCCCCCCCCCCAACUCAUGUGUAUACAUCAUUGUAUUUGUUCAACAAUAAAGUAGAAUCAAGAAUCUAGAAUGUGCACAAGAGACGACUGAUGUUCAAGUUCCUAAUUGAUGCAUUAUCAAAGUUUCUUUCUAAACCGAAAGUAGCCUCAUGUUUAAAUCAGAGUUCAAAAUCUCGACCGUCCUAC